GUUAUGUCUUUUCAAUUUUAUAGUUUUCAAAAUAUCUUAAAAAUUUCCUUCAAAUUAGUGGAGGAGAAGCCAAUCUGCAACUGCCACUGGCUCCAAUGGCGCUUCCACUUUCCGGCGGAAUUCCGGCUCGUUUUGUCCCGCCGUCUCUAGCGAAAGCUAGACCACCGCAUACAAUUUCUUCCGCCUCUUUAUCUCCGACAACCAAAGACGAAACAAUAGAUUGGGUCGAAGCAACUUCCGAUUUCUUCGAGAAAGAUACGAGACCAAUUAUGCUAUUUGACGGUGUGUGCAAUUUGUGCAAUGGAGGUGUGAGAUUUGUUCGUGCUAAUGAUCGAAAUAGAAGAAUACGAUUAGAGGCUCUUCAAAGUGAAGCUGGCAAGAAGCUGUUAAGAAGGUCAGGAAGAGCACCGGAUGAUAUUUCGAGCGUUGUACUUGUUGAAAAGGAUAGAUCUUAUAUCAAGUCUGAAGCUGUUCUAAGAAUAAUGGAAUAUUUAGAGUUACCCUUUCCUCAGCUUGCACUUUUUCUCCAGUUUGUGCCCCUGUUUGUUCGAAAUAUUGUGUACGACAAUAUUGCAGAUAAUCGUUAUACACUAUUUGGACGCUCAGAGUCAUGUGAAAUAUAGAAUUUACUUGUAUUCUUAGGAUUUGUAUAUAAUACUUGGGAAUAGAAAUUUAGAAGUUAAGAUCUUUGUUUAGUAAUUAAUACUAUCAGGAAUUGGAGCCGAUAUCAUGGCCAGCAUAAUUGACUUGCAGGGUCAACCUUUGGCAUCACAACAUUUCUAAUAUCUCGUUUGAGUAUAAUAUUUCUUCCUUCAUUCACCUGAGUAGAAUUGUUUUCCAAUGCAGAAA